AUGCGAGCUCGUUCAUUUUGGAUAUGGUGGACAUCUGGCAGACGAAGCCUGAACUUCGCACUUUGCUUCACGCUGUCAGUCGCUACCACUGUUAGCUCGCAACCCUUUCAGAACCACGGGCUUGCUGUGCUGGAUCUUGGUGUCCGGCUGCCAAAUGGCAGCAUGCAUACUUUGAUCUCAGCAGCCAACUGUACAACAAAGGCUCCUUUACUCAGACGAGCGGUGGUGCUGGAGGUGGGCUGCGAUGACCUGGAUGAGCUCCACCUCCCACUCUUCACAAGGAUAGGUGCCCGCAUCUUUGUCCUGCACAAGAUCCGUCUCCCAUGUCCACAGACCCCGACCAGACUCGAGCAGGGCAUCGAGUUUGGGAACGAUGGUUUAUGGUUCAGUGUAGCACCGGCAGCGCAGGCAGGCGGAAGCGAUGGAAGUGGUGUAUGCGCUUUGGCCGACACUCUUCCACUCCGUGAGCAUGUAAUGAGCCAGGGUGAGCUCCUUGCGGUGUCAGUGAGCCUGAGUGAUGCCGUUACGCAUGCAACUGACACUGCCGAUUCACAGGUGCAGCUGAUCUCAACUUUGCUGCAGACGCUCAGGGCGCUGCCAUCCCGGUGGCAUGGCGACAGCACCUCGAUGACCGACCUGGCAGCAUGUCGUAAGCAUCAGAAAGUGCUCGAAGACUAUGUUGCAGAAGCAAAGCUUGCCAGCGAACAGUGGCGGUCGACUGCAGGGAGAAGAGAAAAAGACUUCGAGCUGCUAAGCCAAAGAACGAAAGAGCUGCAGCGAAAGUUAAAGACACUCAAGGGCAAGAUGAGUGUCCGACGAGAUCAAGGUGAAGACCGGCAGGCCCUAGAGACCAUGUUGCAGAUGAAAUCGGCAGAGCUGGAACACCGAAGGCGUGAAGCACUGUGGUGGUCUAUUGCGAGUGCUGUAGUAGCAGGAUCUUCGGCUUUGGCCUUCUUCACCUGGAAGCACUACGGCAGCGCAGGCGAUGACCUCAGCCUUGAUGCCAAGAAGGAGAGACGGAAACUUCUGCGACUCUUGGGUCGUGUAAAGGCCAAGUCCGAGACGCCAACUGAAAAGGCGGAAACUGCACCCGCCGCAGCAGAAAUGUCGGAAGCGACCGAAGCCUUGACCUCGAGUCCUUCACAUCCGGCCGAUCAAUGUUUCCCACAUUCGGUUGAGCUUGAGCACAGGCGCAACAGAGAUGUCCAGUGUGUGCGGAUUCAGUGCCCAGGAGUUCAAGAAGCAGAUGUCACGAUCAAAGUUGUGUUCAAUGGUGCUGAAGUGCACAUCGAUCGGCAAGAAUGUGCAGGCUUGCCAGCCGUGAGUUGGAAGCACCGUUUCAUAUUCCCUUCCGAAGAGGGCCACGUUGUCUUCGCCGAUGACGAAACCAAGUUGAGCCACGGCUUGCUGGAGCUAACGUCUCUUGUCCUGGGUAACGGGGCCCAGCCUAGUUCCUGCUUGAGCCCGUGCCGUUUCGGCACGCUCUCUGCAGUUGGUCUUGGUGGAGAUUUGAACCAAGCGAAGAGGUCUACGAUGAGUGCCAAUGUUGCCUCGUCCGUACCUGUUGUGCAAGGAGUCGAUGUCAGACGAUGUCGACGACUCAACACGGCUCAGCUCAAGGAAAGCACAGAUCCUGUCAUUUAUUGGAUGUCGCGGGAUCAACGUUCAGUUGACAACUGGGCAUUGAUUUAUGCCCAAAAGCUGGCAAUUCGGCAGUCUGCCCCGCUGCACGUUGUAUUCAGCCUCGUGCCCAAAUUCUUGGAUGCAACUCUGCGACAGUACGACUUCCUCCUGAAGGGUCUCAGGGAGGUUGCAGUCGACCUUGAGUCCAAGAACAUUCCUUUCCACCUGCAGUUGGGCAAGGCCGGGGACAAAGUUCCGGCCUUGGUGAAUGAGAUUAGCGCACAAAUGGUGGUGUGUGACAUGUCUCCACUUCGAGUUCCCAGCCAAUGGGCACGGGAUGUAGCCGACGCUUGCCAUGCCAAAGAGGUGCCUGUCGUGCAGGUUGAUGCGCAUAAUGUCGUCCCAGUCUGGGCUGCGUCAGACAAGCAAGAAACAGCUGCUCGAACCAUCCGGAAAAAAAUCAUGCAGUCGUUAGGGACGUACUUGACAGAAUUCCCCCGCGUGGAGAAACAUCCACACAAGUCGAAGGGCAACUUUCAACCAGUCGAUUGGGUACAAGCUGAGCAGUCUCUGCAGGUCGACGACUCCGUUCGACCGGUGGCGGCGAUCGUGCCGGGGACCACAGCCGGCCAUGCAGCGCUGGAGGAUUUCUGUAAGCGUAUAUCCAGGUAUGACGCGCAUCGGAAUGAUCCAAAUGACAAUGCACUGUCGGGGUUGUCCCCCUGGCUACAUUUCGGGCAGAUCUCUGCACAAAGAUGCGCUCUGCGCGUGCGCCGGAUCGGGGAGAUCCAGACGGCCACAUCAAGCGAAAAGAAGAGCUGUGAAGCUUUCAUUGAGGAGAGUGUUGUGAGGCGGGAACUGUCAGACAACUUCUGCUUCUACAAUGUCCAUUACGACAGCUUGGAAGGUGCGGCGGUCUGGGCUCAGCAAACUCUCAAGGACCAUUCCAAAGACAAGCGAGAGCACUUGUAUUCCAAGGAGGAGCUAGAGAGUGCCAAGACUCAUGACGAUCUGUGGAAUGCAGCUCAGCUGCAGAUGGUUCGCGAGGGAAAGAUGCAUGGCUUCUUGCGAAUGUACUGGGCCAAGAAGAUUCUUGAAUGGUCGCCAUCUCCGAAGGAGGCUCUUGAACGUUGCAUUUGGCUCAAUGAUCGCUACGAACUUGAUGGUCGCGACCCAAACGGUUAUGUGGGCUGCAUGUGGAGUAUUUGUGGGGUGCACGACAUGGGUUGGAAGGAGCGGGAGGUGUUUGGGAAGAUCCGCUUCAUGAACUACGCUGGAUGCAAGCGGAAGUUUGAUGUGCCUGGCUUCGUUGCGAAGUAUCCGGGGGCAGUGCCCCCAGGAGCAGAAGCGGCACCUGCGCCCAAGAAGAGAAAGGCAAAAUCAAAAGCAAAGGGCGCGAGUGGCUAA